AAUGGCAGACAACAGGCAUAGCUCGCGGCCGAGGCGGCAGCUGCAUCUCUUAAUAGCCAUUUCAUUGCUGGCUUCCUUGCCACGGGGAGGCGCAACAGGAGACAUGCCGCGGUGGCUGUUGCCCCAGGAGCAGCCAGUUCUGGGACUAAUGCCAGGCCAGGAAGUUUUGGCUGCUGUGCCCGCAUCAGGACGCGUCAGUUUUUUGCUUUACCAAUUAGCCUUGGCCAUAAAUUCAGGCGCGGGCCUGGAACCCCAGACGAUACAGGAAGUGGAAGUGGCUGUGGAGGAGGAGCACCAAGAGGAUGUGUACCAGGAGUGGAACACGGUCACGGAUCCCCACUGGCUGGCCGCAAUGGCAAAUGAGUAUCAGAAUGUGCCGGUAUACGAGACUUUUCCAGGGGACCUGCAGCACUGGCUGACGGAUAGCUACGGUCUGAGUGCCACGGAUGUGUACCGCAGCUGGAACAUGGCCCAGGCCAGGGGCGGAACGGGAAGUCCCACCCAAGUGAUCUGCUCCGCCGAUGGACAGUGCUAUCAAGUGAGCCAAAUCGUCACCGCCUGCUGUCCUUUUUGAGUUGAGCUCUUAA